GCGGGGGCGCGGCCUCCCCCGCCGCCAUGCGCCGCUGAGGCGGGCGCUGUCCGGGCCUCGCCAUGGGGGCGCCGCCGCCGCCCAACGGCAGCCUCGGGCUCACCGAGAGUCCCCCGGGCCCCGGAGACCGCGGCUGCGAGAACGGGGCCCUCAUGGACAGCUUCGGCAUCUUCCUGCAGGGGCUUCUGGGCGUCGUGGCCUUCAGCACCCUCAUGCUAAAACGCUUCAGAGAACCAAAGCAUGAACGACGUCCCUGGAGGAUAUGGUUUUUAGAUACUUCCAAGCAAGCCAUAGGGAUGUUGUUCAUCCACUUCGCAAACGUCUAUUUAUCAGACCUUACAGAAGAAGACCCUUGUUCACUGUACCUUAUCAACUUCUUGUUAGAUGCCACGUUGGGAAUGCUGUUAAUCUAUAUUGGGAUACGUGCGGUCAGCAGCAUUGUGGAAUGGCAGCAGUGGGAGUCCCUUCGCUUUGGUGAAUAUGGUGACCCACUGCAGUGCCGUGCAUGGGUGGGCCAGUGCGUGCUCUACAUAAUGAUUAUGACAUUUGAGAAAACCAUCAUCAUUAUAGUGCUGCUUAUACCUCAGUGGAAAGAGGUAGCUUUAUUGAAUCCUAUAGAGAACCCCCAGCUGGAGCUGGCUAUCGUCAUGCUGAUAGUUCCCUUCUUUGUUAAUGCGUUAAUGUUCUGGGUAGUAGAUAAUUUUCUUAUGAAGAAAGGGAAGACAAAAGCUAAACUUGAAGAAAAGGAAGCAGGACAAGAUUCAAGAAAUGGAAGUAAAGUCCGAUAUAGGAGAGCAGCAUCACACGAAGAGUCAGAAUCAGAAAUCCUUAUUUCAGCAGAUGAUGAGAUGGAGGAAUCGGAUGCUGAAGAGGACCUGCGCAGACUGACCAACUUAAAGCCCAUUAAGAAAAAGAAGCAUCGUUUUGGUCUGCCUGUAUGACACAUUCCCUGACCUGUGUGUGCAGGUUUCAUGGCAAAAAACUUCAGUCAGUGGGUUUUUAACGUUGCAAUUGCAUCUCCCUUUUCAUACAAACUGACUUGAAAGCAAGGUCUGCCAACAGAAUGGGAGCGGAUGGAAGACUUCCAGUUCGGUUGCACUACAGACACACUGACCAAUUAUGCAAGAAUGUCUUUUCAUCAUGUGUGAAAAACACAGCGUUGUUAAGGACUGGUUGCUAAGGGCACUUGUAUCUGA